GUGGCACAAACAAUCACGCGUUGACAAGCCAACCAAUCUGAGCCAAUCAAGUCAAUCAAUUUAAUUCGUGAAAACAAUAACUAAUGUUGAUACAGGAUUUAACCAGAUGUAACAUUUUAGAUAUUUCAUUCUGAUAGGAAAGAGCCUAAGUAUUAAUUUUUAAAGUAUUCUUAUUAAAUAAAUCUAAUAAUUGACUGGAUCUGAAAUUCUAAAUGGUGGACGGUGAUUGGAUGUGCUGAUUUCAUGAUAUUUGAAAUGUCGAGUGUUGGAGUAAACAUGUGCCGUUAUACCACUAAGUUUUCAGUUACCGGUAACACCUAUUGGAGCUUAAAGUGUGUUUCAUGUUUAACGACACAGCAGAAUUUAUAGCUUAUAAACUUAGCACUACUUUGAAGAACCGUCAGUUGCCUCUCAAAAAGUUAACUAAUAAAUAAGUAGUAGGGCAUAUACGCAAUAUAAUAAAUGUUUAAAAUGUGAUAGAGGGAGAUGUUGGGUUUGAGGGCACCAUGAUAACGCUAAUUGGUUGCAUGAAGGGUAAAAGCUCCAGCUCCGUUCGGAUGUAUCAGCAGUGGCGUAGCGAGGGUGUUUGGCGCCCGGGGACAAGAUUCGCGCCCGGGGACAAGAUCCAUUUUUAGCGCCCCUUUUUCUUUUUUUUUUCAACUCUCAUACCCAUUAUUUUCAUCAAUAAAAUAAUAUCAAAGCACAUUUUUGCGCCCCUAACUAGCUGGCGCCCGGGGACAUCUGUCCCCCCCUGCCACCACCACGCUACGCCUCUGUGUAUCAGUGCCUGUUUAAUUACUCUAACAAUACUGGACUGGCCGUGCAGCUGUGACAAAUAUGGAACUACAGAUUGGCCAUCUUUUUAACAAAACGGGGCCAUAUUUCCUAAUGGAACACGAAUAAACUUAGCUAGUUAUCAUAUUUUACCUGUUAGACGUUAUCUCACUUUAAAUUUUAAAAAAAAAUAAUUAUGCUCAGCUAAUAAAUAACAGAUAACAAUUGAUAAUUAAUUACUAAAAAUAAAUAUUUAUUCAGUUAUUUUGAGUUGUUGAGUUCUAGAUUCCUAGAAUAUUAUUAUGCUAUGUAUUAAAUAUAACUAGCUUACUCCUGGCGUUUAUAAAGACUGCCAAGUUUCAAGGCUGUAUUACGCACAAUGUGGCUAUGCACGAAUGAAUAAUUAUUGUUCGCAUGUUUUAUCAAAUUUUCAGCCUCACCCACCAUUGCUCUGUAUAACAUAUUAUAACUGGGGUGGCCAAAUGGUCUAAACUGAGCAAACCUCAAGUUGGUGGUCUGGUGUUCAAGUCCAGCCAAAAGGCCAGUCAAGCAAAACCAUCACCCCGGGUGGAUGAGGCUUGUUAACCUUGGUCGGCAACUCAUCUAAAGAGAAGGAAACUUUGAAUUCAAACCUGGAGUUGGAGUCCUGUAAGGCGCAAACAAUGAAAAUUCCUGCAACCGAACCCAUCCCUGGUCGUCUUGACGUAGAGUCUUGCCACUGGAUAUGGUGAGCCUGGGCGAGAGAGUGAGGUUGACGCCUCGCAACUCUUCUUCACUUUAAACAAAGUCACCCGCGCAAGUCACCAGUUACCAGACGACUCGAUGGUCCUCGUCGAUCCUCGACGGACGAACAAUAAACAUUUUAUAAAGGAUUGAUACGAAAAACUCUGUUUUUAGGUUUGUUAAAUUUUUAAAUUUAAAAACAUCAAAAACCGGUUGGCAUCUUGAUGGCAGAGUGGUGAAAAAUGUAUCUUAUCCAAACAUUGAUUGGAGCUCAAUCACCAGCUAAUCCUAUUUUUAAAUAAAUAAAUAAUAUAUAUAUAUUUAUUAUAUUUAUGUUUGUUCCCUUUCCCAAAUUAAUUUGGUCACUCAAAACUCGGCCCAGGGGUGAUGAGAUUUUAUUCUCAUAUUGGAGGCCCUUGAUGGAAAGUUAUGUUAAUUCCGUAGCCUAUUGCUCCGAGUAUAGGCCAUAAUUUUCCCCCAUAAUGUAAAUCUUUAAAUAGGAACGUUACCAACAAAAAAUAAAAUAAUAAUUAAAUAGAAAUAAUAAUAAUAAUAAUUAGUGGUCUUAUAUAGCGCGUUACACCAGCCUAGGGCUGGGCUCACCGUGCUGUAAAUAAAAAUAUUAUCAAAAGAGACAUAAUCACGACAUUAAAAUUAAAUACAUUUAUGCUUUGCUACCCCAUUAAAUCCAUGCUAUGAACAUAGUUCAUCCUCUUACUUUCUACACAUAAACCUCUUGGGAUUUUUUGUUCAAAUCUGUAUAUUAAAUAUAUUUACAUUUUAUCAUGUUAGCAAAAUAAAUUUCAUUGUCAUUCAUUCGCAAUCUAGAUUUGACAGAAAUGAACGCCGAAGAAUGGGAAAAGUUGACAAGAAACAUGGGAGAACUGUUAGAAGUGUAUCCUUCUCCUGUUAUAAAUUAUUUGUAUUCGGUAAGUUUUGGUGUUGGCUUAUGGCUACAUGGUUUGUCAUUUACAGGCGGAAAUCUAUUAAUAGAACAUUCGGGCGUACAAUUUGGCCAAUCGAAUUAAGGUAUUAAUAAAAACAUCCCGGUACUCCGUUUGGCCAAUCUCUCUACAGCUUUUUGAUACUGAUACGUUGAUGUGAGUCUUAACCAGGACGAAAACAUGUUUACAACUUUAUUUUACGAAAGAUUUUAUAAAUUGUUACUUAAAUAUUAUAUAUAUAUAUAUAUAUAUAUAUAUAUAUAUAUAUAAAGUAUUUAAGUAACAAUUUGUGUAUAUAUAUAGAUAAGAUAAGAUUCUUUUAUUGAUCCAAAUAAAUGGAAAUGUUUUUUGAUUGCAUUAUACAUUUUCAGCUCAAAAAUAUAACAAUUUGAACACAAGACAUUUAUAAUAAAUUAUUUCAAACAGCUAUUCAGUGAGUUCUCUUAGCAAAAUCGGGGAAUUAUUAGCUCUCAUUCAGAUGUGUGACUUCAGAGGAAGCAUGCCGGUAAAUUCGUACAUAUUGGGGAACAAAAGAAUGUUUAUAUCUGUCGGUCCUCGUCUUGAUUUAAAAGAAUUCGUCCCGAACGGCCCGAUCCUAAGUAUCUGUGAUGAAGAGGGUGGGAUGUAUCAUCCAAAAUGUGUUUAGUUUUGCAAAAACAUCUUUCUUCAAAUAGUUCUUCAAGUAAAGGAUGUUUAGUUUGUGUUAUGUUCCUAGCUUUCUUGAUUAGUCGGUUUAUGCNGAGGCUUCCAAUAGUUGCACUGUAGAAUAAGUUAACGACUUGCUUGUUUACACCGAAAUUGUACAGUUUUUUUUGAGGUAGAACAAUGUUUGGUUGAAUUUCUUAUACAGCAUUUGGCCGUGCUCAUGCCAUGUUAGCUUAUUAUUAAUGAUGACACCUAAGUAUAUAUAUAUAUAUAUAUAUAUAUAUAUAUAUAUAUAUAUAUAUGGCAUCCUUCCGUCUUCGUGAGACGAUGGAGUAGCUAUGUAGUCCUACACUUUGACGAGUGGCUCACUAGGCCAAUCCUAGAAUGACAAUUACGGCCGCAUCUCUUGCAGGAGAAUAUUGAUUUCAGGUAAAAUCUUGAUUUCCGAAUGGUUCUUUUUGUUUCAAGGGCCUCGUUUCAAGUAUCUUCUGCCUUUUUUUACUCCACUGCUAUUCGCCAGUUGGAGCGUUGUUCGGCAAUGAACUCCCAUUCGUUUUUUUCAAUAUUGGCUUCCCUCGUGCUUCUUUUGCAAAGGUCAAUAAAUCUCAGGCGUGGUCGUCCAAUGUGUCUUGUCCCAUCUGCCAACUCUCCAUACAGCAGCAUCUUUGGGAUACGCCCUUUGUUACGACCUUGUUAUACUUGAAGUGUUACGGCUCUCUUGCGUUGUCUAAGGUGUACGAAUCUCUCAAAUAGAACACAAGGUCCAGUGUAACAAUAUAUAAUAUUUAUUAGGUUUUUUACAAAACAGGAUACACAUCAGUCCGACUAGCAACUAUCCACUCGCUCCUAUCGCUACAAACUAACUCUUAACUGACAACUCUAACGACUAACAAUUCUCUCGUCUCUGACCUCUGUCUUCUCUCUCUCUCUCUGUCUGUCUCUGUGUCUAGCUAACACAAAUCCCUUUUAUAAUACCACAAAACAACUCAGCCUAGGCAAACGUGCCCCACCACGGACUAACUUCACGCACUGACCUCACGAUCAACAACUCACAAAACACUCACGAUUCACGACUCCCCCUACCCAACAUUCACGACAAACUAGCUCACAACACCCUUCCUCCAUUCUCCUUACAUGGCCUAACCAGCAAAGGCGCCACUUGAUAAGAAAGGAGAAUAUGCUAAACAUGUGUGCACGUUCCAAAACCUCCACGUUAGGCACCUUGUCCUGCAAUCGAAUGCGUAAAAUACGACACAGACAUCUUUGAUGGAAGCUGUUGAGUUUCCGCUCCUGACUGGUAUAUGUGGUCCACACUUCGCUACCAUAUAGGAGCGUGCUAAGCACACAUGCCUGAUAGACACUUAUUUUUGUUUUAUCAGUUAGAUUGAGAUCAUUCCACACCCGCUUAUUCAGCUUAGCCAUAGUUGCUGCUGCUUUUGCGAUCUCUUCAUCAACGGAGAGAGACCUAGAAAUAUUGGAUCCAAGGUAUGUGAAAUGAUCAACAACUGAAAGAUUAUGACCCUCAAUAGAUAUGAUUGGAGGGGACGGUGCUUCUUGCAUCCUUACAUGAGUUUUCUGUAGACUAAUCGAAAGUCCAAACUCUUUACAAGCGUGUGAUAGACGAUUAAUCAGCCCCUGCAGACCUUCUUCUCUGUGAGAUGUUAAGGCGGACAGCAGUUAAUAAAUCAGCACCUUUUUUACUUUGGUCUUUGCACGAAGUCGGGAGAUAUUGAACAGCCUACCAUCAAAUCUGGUAUGGACGUACGCUCCAUCUUCAUGGUCCCUGAAGGCAAAUUGAAGGAGGAUCGAAAAGAAAAUGGAAAAGAGCGUCGGUGCCAGUACAUACCCUGUUUUACUCCGCUGCUAACUGGGAAUGACUCAGAGACAGUGCCAAUGAAAGUGCAUGUGCAUGCUGUGCAUGUUUUUGUGAAAUGACUGUAUGAUUGUGAGCAGUCGUGGGGGACAACCUAUUCUUUGCAGGAUACUGAAAAGGCCUCUUCGACUUACCAAGUCAAAUGCCUUGGUCAGGUCUAUGAAGGCAAUAUAAAGAGGCAUAUGCUGUUCAUAACAUUUCUCAUGCAUUUGGCGUAGCGAAAAUAUCAUGUCUAUUGUUGAGCGCCCAUUCCGGAAGCCACGCUGGGACUCUGGGUAGAUGCGUUCGCCAGACUCUUCAAUCGUUUAAGGGCAACACGGGCAAAAGUCUUUCCAACAAAGCCAAGGAGAGAAAUACCUCGGUAACUAUUGCAAUCACUUCAGUCCCCUUUAUUUGUAUACAAUUUGCGAUGUUGGUGUCUCUCAUGUCCUGGGGAAUGUGACCUGUUUCCCAACACAGACAGAGGAGCUCAUGUAAGGGCUGAAGUAGGAUAGGUUUUCCAUUUUUGAGGAUUUCCGCUGAGAUGCCGUCGAUCCCUGGAGCCUUCCCAUCCGCAAGGUAAUCAAUAGGUCUUUCAAGCUCCUGUAAAGUUGGCUCUUCAUCCAGUUGAUUCAUUACUGACAAGACGGGAAUAUUAUGCAGAGCGGCCUCAUUGACUACAUUCAUUGUUGAGUAUAGUUCAAGAUACUGCUCUACCCAACGCCGGAGUUGAUAAUUUGGGUUCUGGAUAAUUUGACCCGUCUUGGACUGGAGUGGUGCUAUUUUGAAGUGUGUGGACCAAAUGCCCUCGUGAUGCCCUCGUACAUGCUCCUUGCAUCUCCGUUGUCGGAAGCCGAUUGUAUAAAGUUGCAAAGGUCUAGCCAGUAAAUGUUGGCACAGUGGCGGGCCGUCUGCUGUGAUAAUUUUUUUUGCGGAAAUACAUUGGUAGAAGCUUUCUUUUACGAAAACAUUGGCUAAAAAGAUUGUAAAAUUACGUAAAGCGAUGUGACGUUUUCCGAUCUUAGAAAUGACAAACCCUUUUGACGAAUGACACGGGGCCUUGAAAUUAUUAAAAUGUUUAUUAAUACACUUUGGCUUUAAAGAGAGAAAACAUUUAAGUGAGAAACGUUAAUGAAUUCAAGUCCUUUUUUUAAACAAAUGCCCUCAUAUUGUAACUUCCUCGUUCGAUAUUACGAGUUUUUCUGCUUCAUCCGUAAACACUGAACUUUACUUAUCUUUCAAUAUACCAUUUUUCAGGAGAGCGUGAUUACUUCAAGUGACAUGAAGUUAAUAAAAAGUACAAAACAUGAAGAGAAGCGAAUGAAAAAUGUCCUUAAGAUACUUAAAGAGAAACCCGUAAAACUAAAAGCUUUCAGGUAAGUAAAUUUACGAGGGAUUACAAAAAUAAUAAAUGUUUCGUUCUUGCGUCAUUGAGUCAAGUGAGAAUUAUAAUGAUUUGGUGUACUUUUAAAAAAAUCUACGUUACUUUCUAAUUACUUAUACUAAUGUGUCUCUCUGUAUGUAUUUUUGAGAAUUACAUAUAAACGCUAAUAUAUCUUAGGGAUUGACAUUUAGGUCUAACAUUCUAUAAAUCGAUGCCUGUAUUACAAAAGCGGACUUUCGGGAACUCCCCCCUGGUAGCAUUUACUAAUGUACAACACGGCUCUCCCAGCCCACUCCCCCCUUCCGCAUUUUAUUUACUCUGAGUUCAAGUACCGGUAAACCUUUUGUUACAUAGGCUUAUAAAUGUGAAUAUUGAAAACAUGCCCGUCAGCUGACAGAACAUUUUCUGAAGUGUGAAAUUUCAUAACAAUGGACAGCAUGAAUGACCCCUGAUAUCUAGGGCCGUCCUGUUAAAUCUCUCUCGCACUUGCUCAGCCACCUUCAUCUAACUCAGUGUCCCUUAACGACAACUUAUGUGCGAGCAAAGACAAUGGUAAACUAUGAAUGAUUUUGUCCGUCGAUAGAUUUUUUCCAAAAGCUGUUGUCCAGCAUAUGUUCUUUUCCCCGACUGGGAACACAUUGCAGAUGGACAUAUGCACCGUUGACAAAGACAUGCGCACGUUAAGGAUGCGAUAUUUUCAGUAAAUAGAAUUCGUCUAUUUUGGGCUAUAUUCGACAAUGAGUAUGCAGGUGACUUGUGAGUCCUACUGUCGACGGAACUCUUGCUCCCAUAAAAGACACGGAGACCACUUUAAUCGUUCAAUAGUUGAUAGGGCUGAUUCUUUCUGUAGCUGAUUCAGUCUAUAAAUGUGCAGAUGGCUGAGCAGAACGAUUUUAGCACUAAACUUUCUUGUACAGUAGGUGCAAGAAGUGGAUGCGACAUCUCCAGGUGCAGUAAUCACCCGGGCUUUCUGGACUGUCUUUUCUAUUAUGCAGCAGUGUUUUGUUGGCUUCGUUUUGCAUGGAACGUUUAUGAAAGGAGGAUCUCCACAGGGCUCGAUAUUGCGCCUAUUGUUACCAUGUGUUCAGGGUGUCUUUGAAGGGAUUUUUCUCAUCACCAGCAUUGGAAUCUGUCAUGCUUAUGCUCAACAAAAAAUAUUCUCUUGGACAAACGGUCGUUUGACAUUCUCACAUGUUCCGCCUAUGCGAGUACACGCAUGUCUCCUCGGCCUCUACACCAUUUUAAUACAGUGUUGGGCCUUGUCCUACCAUUUGAUAUUACGUGUUUUGUCUGAGCCUCGACGUAUGAAAGUGGUUCAGCAUUUUUUGCAUGAGGUAAAUAGACAUUGAGCGUUCACAUGUGUUCAUUAAAUAGUGUCAGGAGCACAGUCGCCUUGGAGACGUUUAUUCUUGUUUUGUUGACGAUGCCCCGCCCCGUCCAUUACAUGCUAGACAUUUGGCCAUCACUUGCGCUGACUCUUACACUUUGGGGCAGUGGGCUGUCAAGGUCAGAGAAAUGCUGGCCUUUCGCCACUGUCUUAAAUGAUGAAUUCGGCGUAAGGUUUUGGAGGAGUUGGUUGGUAUGUGACCCCAGUCAUUUUCUCAUUUAAAAUUAAAUAUAAAUUAAUUUACUAUUAUAAUUUUCUUUGUUUUUCUUUACAUAUUUUGUAGUGUCUUGAUGGCAGCUUUAAGACUGGACCCCGUCACAGUUUUGCUAGCUGACAAAAUUGUUGGGACAGAAGCAAAAUCAGAUGCUCAUCUUCAUUCUAAGCGUACGUGUAAAAUCCCUCUCUCAAUAAACCCUCAAUCUUUUCUCUGGAACCUGGUCCACUCUGUUUCUCUCAGUUUGUAUGUCUGUCUGUCGGCCUGUCUGUCUAUCUUUCUCUUUGUCUCUCUGUCUCUCUGUCUCUCUCUGUCUCUCUCUCUCUCUCUCUCUCUCUCUCUCUCUCUCUCUCUCUUUCAUUCUUUCUCUCUCUCUCUCCGUCUCUAUUAUGUAUCCAAAUGCCAAUCAAGUUAAAUUUAACAUUUUUCAUAAUAUUAAAUAAUGGCUGCGAAUAGCAUUUAGUCAAAAUGGACUCGGACACGCAGCGCCGCUACUCGGACCCGGGUGCCUUUAGGCUCAAUUCUAUUCGGAUGUCUUUGUGGUACCGGUAGUUUAUUUAAGUUAAACUAAAGAAGUAAGUUUACAAACAUAUUUUCCAUUCAAUUAUCUUUCAUUUGAUACCUCAUUUUGUCUUAAAACCUAACUAUAAUAAUUUUUUUUUUAUUUUAAACCCAACCUCUCACUUUUUGGACCCGGGUCCCAAUAGCCACUUCGUUAAAUAAUUUAAAUCUUUAUGACUAAGAUAUGAUAAGCAGAAUGCCCUUCUUUUGCAGCUGACCCACACUUACUAGAUGAGGACGUCAGGAGAGUACUACGUGCCCACUACGUAAACGGGGAAGGGUCGUCCACAACACUCUCUGAUAUCAGGCAAACCCUUAAGGAAGCUCACGUGUUUGGUGGACAAAAUGAAUGGGACAAUGAGACCCUUUUGGACUUCAUCUGGAAAGAUGAGUUUGUUGGAGUAGAAAUUGAGAAAGUUAAAAAACGAGAAGGCAAACAUGCAAAAAAAGUAAUGUAUCCUUUUCAGAGCAUUUAUUUGUCUAUCAUCAUUAGCUGCUUUAAUGUUUAAAAUUUAAUGAAUCAUAUUUUUAUUGCAGAUUUUCUUGUUCCGGGAUUUCCUUUUUUAUAACAUUGUUUUGUCUGUAUUUUCUUAGUCAAUUUAAAAUUGUAUUUUAGAAAGCAGAUUCACCCAAGAAUGCUAUUGAUCUUUGAAAGUGAUUUAUAAAUGGAAAAUAAUCCUUGACAAAAAUUGAAGCUAUCUGAAAAACAUUCGCAAGGCGGACCCAGUAGCUGACAUACCAAAAAAACCCCAACAACAAAGAGAGCAUGAAGGUUUACCAGCUGUUGAAACAUUACAAGGUGUUACGAACCCGGUUCUACACGAAGGUUCGAUGGCUUCGUUUGUCAGUUUAAUUUAAAUAACUUUACAAACCAUUGACUAUUAAUAUUAUAAUAAAGUAUCUUUAUUGACUAAAUCACAACUGCCAUUACUCCGAGAAAAAUACUACACAAUCAAUACUACGUCACAUCCCCUUUCGCGCAAUUCGCAAUACGUCACAAAAUAUCAAACAUUUAAUUACAACAUCUACCCAAAUGCUCUAUAAACAACACGCAAUCACACUAUACAUUCAAGUUCUUAACACAAGGUAUCGCUAUUUGAAAAAAUUUUAAUCGUACAAGCAAUCAUCUACUGACUAUGAUGCUUAAACUCACUGCCGACACUAAAGGAGGCGAUAUUUCUUGGCUUCAUUUAAAAUUUCUCAACAGUAGGAUCACCGUAUUUAUAAACUCUAAAAGCAAGGAAUGACGGUGUCAAUAUUUAUUUUCACCCAUACAUGCAAAAGCAAAUUAAAUAUUUACAUAUUGCAUACAUUUCUUUGAACUAGAGACCGACCGAAAGUGAUUUUCUGAUUUCGGCCGAAGCCGAAAAUAGGCCGAAAGUUUAAAAUGACUUUCGGCCGAAACCGAAAACAGGCCAAAAGUUUAAAAAUGACUUUCGGCUGAAACCGAAAAAAGGCCGAAAGUUAAAAAUGACUUUCGGCCGAAACCGAAAAUGAAAUAUUUAGAAAUUUUGAAAAUUCGUUCCCGCAUACAUUCUGCAUACAUUGAAAAUGAUGGGAGAAAGUAUUAACAUUUACAUUCUUUUUAUAAAAAAAUGAGAUAAUCGUGAAUAUUAAUAAAUAAACAUCUAAUAUAACAUCUUGUUGUUAAAGAUCAUUUAGUUUGUUCUUAAAGAUCGCUUAGUUUGUUGUUAAAGAUCGUUCAGUUUUUUUUGUAAAUGAUCGCUUUAUUUGUUCUUAAAGAUCGGUUAGUUUGUUCAUAAAGAUUGUUUAGUUUGUUGUUAAAAAUCACUUAUCUUUUGUUUAAAGAUCUUUUAGUUAGUUAUUAAAGAUCAUUUAGUUUGUUCAAAAAAGAUCUCUAAGUUUUUUCUUAAAGAUCGCUUAAUUUGUGUCAUUAAAAAAUCGUUUAGUUUGUUCAUAACGAUCUCUAAGUUUGUUAUUAAAGAUCAUUAAUUUUGUUCUUAAAUGUCGCUUAGUUUCUCUUAAAGAUCAUUCAGUUUUCUAUUAAAGAUAAUUUAGUUUGUUUGUAUAGAUCUUUUAGUUUGUUCUUAAAAAUCGCUUAUUUUGUUGUUGAAGAUCGAUAAAUUUUGUUCGUAAAGAUCGCUUAGUUUGUUCUUAUAGAUAAUUGAUUUUGUUCCUUAAGAUUGAUUAGUUUGUUUUUAAAGAUCUUUUAGUUUGUUCCGAAAAAAACAUUUAGUUUUCUGUUAAAGAUCGCUUAGUUUAUUAUUAUAAAUCAUUUAGUUUACUAUUAAAGAUCAUUUGUUUUGUUCACUUAGUUUUUUUCUUUAAGAUCAUUCAGGUUUUUUUUUAUUAAAGAUCGCUUAAUUUGUUCUUAAAGGUCGCUUUAUUUGUUUUUAAAGAUCACUUUAUUUUUUUUAAAGAUCGUUUAGUUUGUUCUUAAAGAUCGCUUAAUUUGUUCUUAAAGAUCGUUUAGUUUGUUCUUAAAUGUCGCUUAGUUUGUUGUUAAAUAUCGCUUUUGGUGAGAAUUAGAUGACCGAAAACCUCAGUCAUUUUGGAUGGCCGAAAGUCUAAGUCAAUUUCGGCCGAAACCGAAAAAAAACGAAAGUUAACUCUUCUCUUUCGGCCGAAACCGAAAUUAAGCCGAAAAUUAACUUUCAGUUUCGGGCGAAACCGAAACUUGGCCGAAAGUGAUAAAAUGGCCACUUUCGGCGCCGAAACCAAGCCGAAAUUCGGUCGGUCUCUACUUUGAACGCUAUUGAAAGAGAUUAAAAAAAACAUUUAAACUUUCCAAAAAUCAGUUUGGUAACUUUUAUGUUAUAUUAUAAUUAAAAUUAAGUUCAUAAUGUUUAUCACACAAUUUUGUUUAAACUUGUCUCUGGUAUAACAUUAUUUUUUAAUGAAAUUUUCUUGUUAGCAUGCUUCUUCCCUCCAUAAUACCCAUUAUUUAGUUCCCAAAUAAGGGCUCCCCAUUUGGAAAGUGGUGCUUCAUAAAGUAGAUCUUUAAACUUGCAAUAAAAUUUUUAACAAAUUUCUAUCCCAUAUUUUAUAGGUGCGAUUUCCUUGCCUACAGAUGUAAGAGACAUGACCCCAGAGAAUCUCAAACAAUACCUUUCCACGGUGUUCUCCCAACAAGAGUUACCCACACAAUCGCUGGACGUUCUCGAACAGCAAAAGGUGUCCGGACAAAUAUUUCUCUCCAUGAAAGAAGACGACUUUGUAAAAGUUAUCCCAGAUGCUCCUUUCGGCGUCCACCGCUUCCUAACGAUUUUUAUUUCAAAAAUUGUCGCGCGCGUUGAAACUCACCCGGAGCAACUUCGCAAAUUUGACCGGGAACUACGGCCAUCUGAUAAAUACAGCAAAGGUCAUUGCGUGGAGGUCAGCGUUAACGUCCUAGGGAAGAAAACAACUCCAGUUAGAAAUUUCCAUCUUGUCGAGCAGCCGGACAAAGAUAAGGCUUACGAAUUCAUAGGCUCUGAAGUGAUUCCGUUCGCCUCGGCCUGUCUAAACGAUCGAAGAAACGGAACGAUUUAUUUCGGCAUCAGCCCUUGUGCGACUCGGGAGGUCAAGGCCGGGGAAAUAGUCGGGGUUGCUCUUUCAAAGGAGGAAGUGCACGCAGAAUUGAGGGAUUUCAUAACAAAAUGUUUUCUUGAAAAUCAAAUGGAUAUUAUCAAAGGUUCUGUUCGCGAGGCUUGCUUCGUUCCCGUGACUGGUACAUCAGAUUCGAACACGUCGGUAAUAGAAGUGGAUAUUGUGCCGUCCAGCUACGUUCUUGAAGAAGACGUGGUCCGAACAAAACUGGUGCCUCUGCCAAUAUAUUAUAAAAAGUUCAAGCUCAAAGAAGCAGUUUUCAGAUUUUCUGAUGAAGGUUUCCCUAAAAUUGUACCAGCUGAAGAAAUGUACGACUUCGAACGAAACAAAUCAAGAAUGAUCGAGCAGAGGAAGCAGGAAGAAUUACAAAAACCUUUAGAGCCCAUGCCAAAUUUAAAAGUUCGUUUGUUGAAUCUGCUGACAGGAGGCACCGACGUGAUCCAGGACACGAUAUACCCGUUCGUGAUGCUUAGCCCCAUCGACGAUCACAUGAACCAAGAUUAUCUCACCAACAAUGUACCAUUCAUCAAGCAUUUGAAUCCCGAAAUAGUCUUUGAUUUUGAUGAGAAAGGGUCGACAGAUGGUAUAUACAAGAACCUAGACAGCAAGCAGGAAGAGGGCAUGCGAGUACUCACAAUCGAAAAUUUUGAUCAAACUAAAACCAAACAUGAGGAGUUCGAAGAAUUAAUUGAAGGGUUGGCCUGUGAAAAUAGAAUUUCCUGGCAAUUCUGUAAUGGAUAUCAAGAAAUGUCUAUUGAAGCCAUGGACCCCAUAGACUGGAACCUCAAGAGAAGCAGCGCUUUUCAGCAAUCCCUGAAGAGCUUUAUGGAUAAUUUUGAUAAAGAUAGAAUCAUUUUCAUCAUCUGUUUGUUCUCCAAAACGUACAAGGCGAUGAUUGAAGCUUGUGAUGAAGUCCUAAGGAAGCUUCCUCAGAGUUGGAUGGUUCUCGCUGAAACUGAAGAAAUUGCACAAUUUUUGCAGGAUCAAAUGUUGAACAGAAAUAGGGUAAAAAAAGAAGACCUCGCCGGGAGAUGUGUUAUCGGUAUGCCAUGGGAACAAGUCAACGCCAUUAUUUGCAAAGCAACACAGAAAACUACCAGCUCAGAGUGUUGUUUACCUUGUUCGAGUGGAGGUUUUGUCCCCGUAGGUCCUAAGAAGCUCAAAGAUUGGUGUGAUAUCAACGUGUUAUCAUCU